AUGAAAAACCUUCGACAGCUGAGAAGUUUAUCCACAUUCCUCCACACAACCAAAAACCUUAAUGAAUUCUCAGCUUCCACAAAUCACAGCAAAAAUCCCAUCUUUUUACCCCACAGAACGAUCCCUCCACCCACAGGUCAGGAUUCAGACUUCAUAACCAUAGCUCACAGCUAUAUAAUCCAUUCCGAAUGGGAUAAACUCGAUAAAUUAGCCUCUGCCUUAUCCCCCUUUCGAAUCAAGCACAUUCUUCUCAAAACCCGAAAAGAUUACGUCCUCUCACUCGAAUUCUUCAACUGGGUCGGCCUCAAAAGCCCCGACCUCAACACGCUCGAGGUGACCUCCAUAAUCCUCCACAUCUUGACCAGGAAUCGUAAGUUCAAAUCUUCGGAGUCGAUUCUGAAGGGACUUCUUGAAAUGCGCUCAUCCGACUUAAAUUUCCCGCGCAGGGUUUUCGAAGCUUUGAUUCACUCGUACAGGAUGUGCGAAUCGUCCCCUCGUGUGUUUGAUUUGUUGUUCAAGACUCACGCGCAUAUGAAGAAGUUUAGGAACGCUUCUGAUUGUUUCCGCUGGAUGAAAGAGUACGGGUUCUUCCCCACUAUUGAGUCCUGCAAUGCCUAUUUGAGUUCGUUGAGUAGUUUGAAUCGUGCAGAUAUCGUGUUAGCCUUUUAUAAAGAAAUCUGCAGGUGUAGGAUCACCCCAAAUGUGUACACUGUUAAUAUGGUUAUGGGGGCUUAUGGUAAAUUAGGGAAGUUGGAUAUGGCUAUUGAGCUGUUUAAAGAAAUGGAAUCAAUGGGAUUGGCUUGUAAUGUCGUCUCGUAUAAUACUUUGAUUGCCGGUUAUUGUGCCAAGGGUUUAGUGGCAAGUGGUAUGAAGAUCAAGAAUGCAAUGGAUAAAAACGGGGCCCCAGCGAAUGAUGUUACGUAUAACACGCUUAUACAUGGAUUAUGCAUGGAGGGGAGAGUACAUGAAGCUAGUAAGCUUCUUCGAGAGAUGAAAAGUGUGGGCGUAAAUCCUACAACGGUAACUUAUAACGUACUAAUAGGUGGUUAUGGUGAAAAUGGAAAUAGUGGGAUGGCACUUCAGUUGUUUGAUGAAAUGUCUGUGAGUGGGGUGAAAGCCGAUAUCUUGACCUAUAAUGCCGUGAUCAUGGGCCUCUGCAAGGAGGGAAAGACGAGAAAAGCCGCUUACAUGGUGAGAGAGCUCGACAGGGAGAAAUUGGUCCCUAAUUCAUCCACUUUUGCUGCACUUAUUGCCGGGCAGUGUACGAGAAGCAAUGGCGACCGUGCUUUUGAGAUUUACAAGAGCAUGGUACGGAGCGGGUGUCAUCCGAAUGGAUCAACUUUUGAGAUGCUGAUAUCCACUUUUUUAAAGAACGAAGAUUAUGAGGGGGCUGUUCGGAUUUUGAGAGAGAUGAUGGAGAGGGCUAUAGCUCCUGAUUUUGAUAAAUUGUCCUCUCUUUUUGAUGGGCUUUGCCAAUGUGGGAAGGAGGAUUUGGUCAUGGACUUGCGAAACGAGAUGGAAUCCCGGCAGAUUAUGCCUGGGGGUUUUUUGUGA